AUGCUCCUUCUUCUGACACUUUCGACUCUCCUCGUAGGAGGUAUAGAAGCGGGGAUUACGGAUCUGAAUUGCACCCACAUGGUUGGUGGCGAAGCCAAGUACUCUCAAUCGGCGGUCAACUGCAACAACAGAAUUUCCGAUGCUGCCUGCCUCGUCAUCUACGCGGAGGCAGUAAAAGCAGAAGGCAAUCAAGAUCGAAAUGCAAAAUGUGAUGGACAUCCUGCCGUGGUACGCGAUUGA